AAACCCGACUCUCCGCUACUGAGAGCAGCCUGGUGGGGGCGGAAAACAAAAAACAAAGCCUCGUACUCAAACCGAUCUUCAUUGUAGUGGAGGAGUUUCUGUGUUCAUGUUUAGAAGACUUUUAUGAGGAAGAAAAAUGAGACUCAGGUCUCAGAAAACCGUUACCGCCUGCCCGGAGACGCCGAGGAUCAACCGCCGGCGGUCCAACAAACCGACGGCGAAACGAACGCGCCUAUCGGGGACCGAAAGCCCGCUUCAGAGCACGCGUGAAGAGACCGUGGAUAACGACCUCCACCGGUCCGAUGACGAUAUACCCACGCUGACGAGGCGCCCGCUGCCCCGUGGCCGGCUGAGGAAGAGAGCCAUCGCUGUAGACGACAGAGAAGCAGAUUUGGCCUUCAAGACUCCGAUCAGGCCCAUCAUGCACCACGAGCGCGUACUGUCAGAGAUCGACCCGGUGACGCCUCGUAACGCCACGGCCAGAAACAUCUACUCGCCCAUUGUGCGAUUCCUCACACCCAGCAAAGAGAAUGUGAAGUCUGCUGGAACCAAAGUGUUGAUGAGCCCAGAACAAGGUGUGUUCGGUUACGGCUCCAUUGACCUUCUGGCUGGAGAUGAGGAGGAGGAAGUCUUUGAUCCCUUUCGGUUCAUCAAGAACAUACCGUCACAGUCUCAGCACUCCCGACCCCAGCUCAGAGAUAUUCCCCCCAAGACCAGGAGCACUCCAGAGGCCACGCUGGUGGUCGACCUGGAGGAGACUCUGAUGUUCAGCUCCCUGAAUGUGAUCGAUGAAGCGGAGUACACCUUCUACACGGCUUUCCAGGACAACCAGUACAAGGUGUACAUGAUCCUACGGCCGCACGUCAGAGAGUUUCUGGAGUCCAUGUCAAAGAUCUAUGAGCUCUUUGUUUACACGUGUGCAAAGAAGGAAUACGCUGAGAAGAUACUGAACAUCCUGGACCCGCAGAGAAAACUGUUUCGACAUCGUCUGUAUCAGGACGACUGCGCCUGCGUCCUCGGACACUACAUCAAAGAUCUCAACAUCCUCGGGAGGGAUCUCGCCAAGACAGUCGUUCUGGACAACGCGCCGCACACAUACCCGUACCAUGGACCCCCCCUCCCUCCCUCGCUCACUUUAACUCCUUUAUGUGACUUUCACAGCUCUCGUUUGCUUUCUUUAUGCUUUGGCUAAAAGCAGAAUCCAGUUGGAACCUGAAGCCUGCUGGUUUGUGGCGGACCUGCUCGUCCCUCCUCUGUCCUCCCUGAUUACUUUAAAGGACGGCUGAUCGGUAUUUCAAACAUGCUGCUGGUUGUUCGUCACCAAACCCCCCCAACCACCACCGUCUUCUCCCAGACUCAUUCCACAAGGCAAUAAACUGCUACCCAGUGUAUGUGUAUAUUUACAAGAUGAAACUUGAAAUAUGUUGUUUAUAGUUAUGAUUUUUUAUUUAUUGAUUAUAUUGCUAAUCAAUGUCUGUUAUCUCUGUAUAUUUUAAAUAUGCUUUUUUAAUGCAAAGAAAUGACCCUAAUAAUAAACAGGACAAUAAACCUGC